ACCAGCAGCCCCUAACGGCUAGUUUUUUCUCCCCCAUUUCAUAUCUCCUCUCCAAUCGAUCUGCAAAAUAAAAUAAAAAAUUAAUCGUCGCCGGAGUUCUCAGACUUUAUCUUCAGUCUCAAAUUCAAUUCUCGCUUUCGAAUUACUGUAUCUCGUUGCUGUCGCGAGAGGAGAAGAAGAUGACAGAGGCACCGGGCCGAGCGGGCAGUUCUGGAACGGCGACGGCGGCGCCGCAGAUCCGACGAGCAAGGGUCAAGGAGGUGAGUUCUAGAUUCAUGACUCCUCUAAUCUCAUCAUCGUCCUCUGCAACUCCGGCCGAUCAUCAACGAUCCAAGACUGCGCUCAGGCGGCACCCCAAUCAGCAGUCCCUGAACGAGCCUCUGUCCACCCGUCCGGCCGACGACGAGAAUAUUCCGGACGUUAUGCGAAAUUCUACUGGUUCACAAAUUAUGAGUAAGGCAGCCAUAUUGUUGUCAACUGUCCAGAAGAAGCAGCAGCAAAGGCCAAAGAUUUUGAAGGAAAAUGGCGGAAUUACAGUCCCUGACACACCCCAAUCUAAGAGGGUGUCUUCUUCUUCUUCUUCCAGGCCUGACACUCCAUAUGUAACCGGUGGGCACGACAGGAUUGUUCCAUCUAGAUAUCGCACGACUCCCCAUCCUCUUCAUCGUCAGACUCCAAACCACAACAGUGGUGGCGUGCCACCAUUCAGCGCUGCUGCUAAACUGGUGCAAGAAUCCACUUCUUCAGCUCCCGGGAGUCCUCGCUCAGAAACCUCAACAGCAAAAGAUGAUUACACUUCUGAUAAUGAGUCCAUACACGGAAAAUCAUACCCGAAUUCUCCACUUUGUGUCAGUAGCAGCAUGACGCGGGGUCCAUCAAGCGUGCGUUCUUCCAUGCCUGAGGUUGACAGAUGGCUUAGCGAUUCAUGGUUGGAUGCCGCUUCUAAGAAAGGAAGAAGAGUUGCCAACAGUCAUCCAGAAGAUGAGCAUUGCUUGAAGCUCCUCAAUAACCAUUAUCUUCAGUGGCGGUAUGCGAAUGCCAGAGCUGAGGCCUCUUUGCAUUCUCAAUCACAGGAAGCCGAGAGGAAGCUCUAUUCCCUCGGAUGCCAGAUAAAAGACUUGCGCGACAGAGUUUGCGAAAAACGACGCGAGCUCGCCACACUCCAAAGAGCCAAAACUCUGCACGCCAUUCUGGAAAUGCAAUCGCCCUCUCUUGAGGAAUGGUCCCACAUAGAAGACGAGUAUUCGACAUCUUUAUCCGGUGCUGCGAACGCGUUGAGGAACGCCUCUCUGCAGUUACCAGUCAGCGGGGUCCAGGUCGACACGAGAGAAAUCUCCGAGUCCUUUAGUUCAGCCAUCAAGGUGAUGGAAGCUGUGGCAUCCCAUUUGCAGGGCUUUGUGCCCAAGGCAGAAGUAAUGGAUUCUUUAGCCUCCGACUUGGCUAGGGUGAGUGGUGCUGAAAGGUGUCACAUUGAAGAGUGUGGAGAUCUAUUGGGUAAGGUCUAUGCUUCGCAAAUCACGGAAUGCAGCUUGAAGGGGCAUAUGGUUGAACUUCAUCGGUCUCACCAGGAUGUCAAAGGUUUGCAUGAUGAGAGCCGACCUGAAAAUGAGAAAAAAUAAGAAAGAUCAUGUGUAUAAAUACACUUUGGACCCUGUUUUGUUUUGUGCAAUGUACUUGCAUCCUAAAAUUAGUUUAAGAACAACAACAUUACUCAGUGAAUCAAAGUUGCAUUGACUAAAUACUACUCCGGGUA